AUGGAUAUUCAGGGCACCCCUCUUCCCCACGGCCACCACAGCACUAAGGUCACCACCGACCCUCGCGCCCAGCAGGAGCCCAUCCGAGAGCCUUCUGGUCCUAUUACCAAUGACUCGCUUGCUGCCGAGUCCAUCCGCCAAGGUGGCGCUUUCUCUAGCAACCGUGGCGCCGAGCCCAUGGGGGUCUCAUCAGAACAAUCCACAGUAAACAACACCGACACCUCUGCCUCCAUCAAGCUUCCCUCCGCCCCUACUGCCUGUCACCGUCAGGACCGCCACAUCGAACAGAAAUAUCCCGAAAAUAUGUGUGGCCAGGGCAACUUCCCUGGUACACACCUAUCCAACUCUGGCUACUCUGGCGGCUCAACCGCCGCCAAGAAGGAAAUGGGCAUUUCUACUGGCGAGUAUUCCACCGCCAGUGGAAGUGGCCGCAGCCAGUACAGUGCUGGUCUGGCCCCGUCCAAUGCCAACGAUAUGGCUGGUGACAACCAGCAUUCCACUCCCGGUGGUCGUGGUGUUGAGGAAGCUGGCUUCCCUUCCGAUGAUGCUAAGAAUGCCAGCUUCGCCUCGGAAAUUGGGUCUGAUCAGGACCCUGGCCGUGAGGCCCUCAACCAGUUCCAGCGCAGCAAUGCCCACUCUGCUUACGACUCCAGCCGUCCUCAGCAGAAGGGGUUGAGUACUGAGACUCCCUAUGGGCACUUGGAGAAUGAUCAGCGCGCCUAA